AUGUCUGAAAGAUCAUGUCUGCAAGCAGACAAGUCCUGGGGGCCGACUUUGCCUACGGGUUGUCAUGGUGGCUUUGAUUUCACCAUCUUCUUCCAGCAGAUCUGGCUCUCAAUUGUACCGUCGAUAUUGUUUCUGACUCUAAGCGGUCCUCGGCUGUGGCAGCUCCGCCAAGCCCCAGUGGUGACUCGCAAAUCGAGCAGCCAACUGGUGAAACUGGGCACUAUAAUUGUUUUAACUCUUCUUCAGCUGGGUCUGCUUGCUUUGUGGUCGUUAAAACCAUCACUGCGGACUGCAGCUUCCAUUCCAGCGGCCGUCUUGUCCUUGAUCGUCGCCUGUGGGCUCGCAAUCCUCUCAUAUUACGAGCAUCAGCGUUCCACCAGACCGUCCACAUUGCUGAGUGUCUACGUUUUCUUCUCAAUCCUAUUUGAUGCGCUUCAGGCUCGAUCACUGUGGCUUCGCAACGUGAAUGCUCCGAUCGCGGCGACAUUCACUGUAUCACUUGCAGUCAAGUUGCUCAUCGCAGUUCUAGAAGGACGGGAGAAAAGAGCAACUCUUCGAGACCGAAAUGCAAAGGUCUCUCCCGAGACUACUAGUAGUAUCUACAAUCGCAUGGUCUUCUGGUGGUUGAACCGUCUGUUCAUGGCUGGUUACAAUGGGACUCUAUGUUUGGACGACUUGUAUCCGCUUGAACCGGAGAUGACAUCAGCAGGGCUUGGGGCCGCUAUAGAAAAGACCUGGAUGAGAGCGGACUUGUCGCAGACCAGGCGGUGCGCAUUGCUGAGAACAACGGCAGUUGCAUUGAAGUGGCCUCUGCUCUCACCUGUUCUUCCUCGUAUUAUUCUCAUUGGGUUCAAAUACUGCCAGCCACUUCUUUUGGCCAGCGUAGUGAACUACGUGCAGCUCCCAAAUCAAGCGAGGGAUAGGAAUUUCGGCUAUGGUCUUAUUGGUGCAACAGCUAUUGUCUAUAUCGGAAUUGCAGUGAGCACGGGGUUAUACAAUUUGAAGGUGUACCGAUCCACUGUCAUGAUACGCGGCUCGCUCGUGAGCAUCAUCUAUCGAAAAACCUUGCGAUUGCAUUUGAACGAAGCCAGAUCAUCUGCCGCGCUGACUCUUGCUAGUUCGGAUGUGGAUCGUAUCGGCUUGACCGUGGAAAGCGGACACGAGAUUUGGGCCAGCAGCAUUGAGACCAUUUUAGCCCUUGUGCUGCUGCAACGGCAAUUGGAUUGGGCUAGUAUAGCUCCUGUGAUACUCGCUCUGCUUGCCACCGCUGUGAAUACACGGGUCGCAAAGUAUGUGCCACGGCGUCAAAGAGAAUGGGGUGCCGCCAUUCAAAAGCGAGUGACCUUGACAUCCUCAAUUCUGAGAAAUAUGAAAAGCGUGAAAAUCAUGGGUCUACAGGAGAUCGUCGCUCGAACAAUGCAAAAUGCUCGCGUUUACGAGCUGGAUUUGUCCAAGCGCUACCGGAGGUUCUUUGCAUACAUGGCUAUCAUUUCAACCAUACCUCUGCAAUUCUCUGCACCAUUUGCUUUUGUCAUCUACAUAUAUGGGGUCAGAUCAGACAAGACGCACGAUUCCGUCGCAGCGCAGAUAUUUGCGUCUCUUUCACUAACGCAGCUACUCACAACUCCAUUGCAAAAGGUCUUGUCCUCCAUUCCGUCAUUUGCGGGAACCCUCGGUUCCUUCACACGCAUUGAAGCCUAUCUCCGGCUUGAUGACCGUGUUGAUGGUAGAGCUAUCGACCAAAUGAGUCGUCCUGAUGGCUCGAUCGAGACUCAUUCAGGUGGAAGUCAAUUGGAACUAGAGAGCUUUAGAACGGCGGGAAGAGACCAUUCCAUUAGCAAACACGUGGUCUCCGUGCAAGAUGCAAGCAUUGCCUCCUCUGCAGAAUCUCAGUUGAUUCUGUUCAACCAAACCUUUGAAAUCCGCCGGGGCGUCCUCAAUGCGAUUGUUGGUCCCGUGGGCUGCGGAAAAACUACUCUGCUCAGCGCCCUGCUCGGCGAAAUGACAAUUUGCAGAGGCAAAGUAAGAGUAGAUGAUUCUGCAGUCGCCUAUUGCCAGCAAACACCCUGGCUCAUCAACGCCUCUGUCAAGGACAAUAUCCUGAAUCAGUCUCCCUACAAUGAAGCUUGGUACCGCAAGGUUAUCUGGGCCUGCGGCUUGAACGAAGACAUUGGGCAAUUGCCCGACGGCGAUGGAACAAUUGUCGGCAGCCGAGGAAUCAACUUGAGUGGCGGGCAAAAGCAAAGGCUGGCCCUGGCACGGGCAGUCUACGCCAGGGCGCCGUUGGUCGUGCUGGAUGAUACACUGAGUGCUCUCGACGCAAGAACCGAGAAAUUAAUCUUCAAUCGUCUGCUGUCUCAGCAAGGCCUCUUUCAGCACCUUGGAGCAACGGUCAUCCUUGUCACUCACUCCGUGCAACAUCUUCGGUCUGCAGACAACAUCAUUGUAUUAAGCCCAAAAGGUCACGUUGAGCAAUACAGCUCAUUCAAAGAGCUGAGUGAUGUGGAAGGACCAGUGAGAAGUCUUUUAGCUAAUUCCACUGCGGACGAUGAUGUCGCAGAAAAGUACGUAUCUAUAUCAACCACCGCCGCAUCACCUCAACCGAAUGAACCAAAGGGAGCGGAAUCGUCUGUGCUGGUCGCCCCUGCUGUAGAGCCUCCCAGGAAGACUACAUCUGACUCAGCCGUUAUGAUGUAUUAUCUGAGGUCCAUCGGAUGUCCUCGAGCAGCGAUUUUUGUUUUUGCAAGCCUGGCUUAUGUGGUCUGCAGCAGUUUCACUCAGAUUUGGGUCCAGUGGUGGACCGAGUCUGAGAGGCCUAACGAUGCGUCUUUCCUAGGGGCCUAUUUCGCUUUGGCUUGUGGGGCCAUUCUGAAUUAUAGCCUGAGCAUCUGGUCCAUGAUGAUCUCAAUUGUGCCCAUUUCAGCAGCAAAACUGCACUGGAAACUUCUUGAUUCGGUUCUGCAUGCACCCACGUCAUUCUUCUCAUCCGUGGACUCGGGAACGACCUUGAACCGAUUCAGCCAGGACAUGUCAUUGAUCAAUAGUCGCCUACCCGUAUCUAUGAUGCAGGCGACGCCGAUGGCAUUUCAAGCACUGUUGCAGAUCGCGCUGAUCGCCGAGGGAUCGACCUAUUUAGCUAUUGCCAUCCCAUUAUGCCUCAGUGCUACCUGGCUUCUGCAACGAUUCUAUCUCCGCACAUCGAGGCAGCUGCGCUUACUGGAUCUGGAGCUUAAGUCUCCAUUGUUUUCCAGCAUCUCCGAAACACUCGAGGGUCUCCCAACAAUUCGCGCACUCGGAUGGCAGGAGAGAUUCGAACGGCGCAAUCAAGAACGACUGGACGAUUCGCAAAGACCGGUCUAUCUUCUCUACUGCAUCCAGCGCUGGCUCAACUUUGUGCUUGAUCUCAUAGUUGCAGCAUUGGGCAUUCUGCUCGUUAGCUUGGCAACUCAGCUACCGAGUAGUACGACCGGGGGCCGUCUGGGUGUCGCAAUGCUCAAUAUUCUUGGAUUCAGCCAGAGUUUGUCUCAAUUCAUCUUCUUUUAUACAGACCUCGAAACGUCGCUGCAAGCGGUGUCUCGCGUGAAGGAGUUUGUGGAAACGACAGUCUCGGAAGAAGCGAGCAUCGAGUCGCGGAUGUUGCCGACAGACAACUGGCCUGCGCGGGGUGCGGUGGAAUUCGCAAAGGUUACGGCCUCGUAUAGCAGUGACAUAGGCCGUCCAGUGCUCAAAAAUAUAUCCCUCACCAUUCAGCCAGGGCAAAAAGUCGGAAUCUGUGGGCGAACGGGUAGCGGAAAGUCAUCCUUGAUCUCUGCUCUUUUCGGGAUGAUUGAUCUCCAGAGCGGCCGCAUUACGAUUGAUGGGGUCAGUCUCGAGAGCGUCAACCGACAAGAGGUCCGUUCACGUUUGAUAGCCAUCCCGCAGGAUCCAUUAAUGCUUCCUGGGACAGUUCGGUUCAAUGUGACUCCAGAUGAAGCAGUGGCAGAUGCCAUGAUUACACAAGCACUUGAAAAGGUUGGGCUAUGGGAUCAUGUCCAGAAGCGCGGCGGCUUGGAUGUUGAUAUCGACACGCUUGCGUUGUCGCAUGGGCAGCAACAGCUUUUCUGCCUCUCGAGGGCAAUGCUGAGAUGCGGUCAAAUAGUUGUACUAGACGAGGCUACCAGCAAUGUUGACUGGGCGACUGACCAAAUCAUGCAACAGGUCAUUCGGGAAGAGUUUGCAGAGAAGACUACCAUCACCGUGGCGCACCGUCUGAGAACGAUCAUCGAUAAUGAUUUGGUCGUGGUGAUGGGUGAUGGAAGGAUUCUCGAGACUGGUCACCCAGCGGAGCUCCUGGCAACUGACAGCCAUUUCCGAAUACUGUGCAAUACCCAGGGAAUCAGUCUCGAUAAUAUAUAG